AUGGCGCGCCUCGCCACCAACCUGCUGGCGCUGCGCCUGCUGCACCCGCACGCGCCCGACGCAGCGGCGGCCAGGGACCACGUCACCAGGGGGUUCACACGCCAGCUGCAGUACGUGCACCCGGCGGGCGGGUUCAGUGCGUUCGGCGCGGCGGACCCCUCGCCCUCCACCUGGCUCACGGCUUUCUGCCUAAGAUACCUGAGAAAAACUUACCAGGUUAUUUCACCUGGUCUACCAAUGCCACCGGCGAUUGAACGUGCUGAGCGUUGGCUUUUGGGACAACAGAUGGAGAACGGUUGCUUCAGGAAUGAAGGACAUGUUUUCCACAGGGAACUUAAGGGCGGCCUCAACGAAGAAGGGGAAAUAGCGAGCGUAGCACUGACAGCCUACGUUAUCACUUCGUUAGUGGAGAGUUCCGCAAACCUCCCCUUCAGAGUCAUCCGUAACUCGCUCUCCUGCCUUCGAGCUUUUCCGCCCGCGAAGUCCAAGACCCAUACGGGAGUUUACGCACAUUCUUUACUCGCGUACGCUUUUAUGCGGCUCAGGAGAUAUGAAGAGGAAUUAAAGAAGACCAACGAAGCGUAUUUGUGGGAUAGAAGGGAAGUGCUCAGCGCUGGGCUGAAAGAGGAUGAAGAGAUGCGGGAAUUGAUGCUGUUGCUUAAACUGGCGAAGAGGAAUCGAGAUUACGUUUAUUGGGAAAGCGGCAGUUUGUCGACGUCGAUCGAGGCGACGGGGUACGCGGCGCUGGCGCUGUCGCUGUGCCCGCGCGCGCUGCUCAGCGGCUGCGCAGCCGACGCACGCGCCGCCGCGCGCUGGCUCGCGCUUCACAGGAGCGCCGCCGGUGGGUUCGUCUCCACGCAGGAUACGUUAGUAGCAAUGGAGGCUUUGACCGCGUGGUCAUCUCUACAACCGACACCGUUUUCUAAUCUCACGGUAACAGCAAGCAACGGACGGCAGACGAAAACGGUCACCUUGCAGCCGGGAGAGAAGGUACCUGAUAUUAUGAAAAUGGGCAGUGGCGAUCAGAUUGAUAUUUCUGUUGAAGGCAGCGGCUGCGCGUUGGUGCAAGCCACUCGCUCGUACAAUACCUUGUCCGGCGACUCGUCCGACGGCUCGCUGGGCGUGCACGUGUCGGUGCACACGGACGGCAAGUUUGACUGCGACCACGCCACCACGGCGUGUUUCUGUGCCGCCGUAAUUGACGCUUGCGUGGUGUGGACUGGGCGGUUCCCGGAGAUGGCUCUGCUGGAGGUGGCGCUGCCGGGCGGCUUCGGUGCGGACGCACAGCUGCUGUACGCACAGCUGCAGCAACACACCUUGUUACGUCGCAUUGAGCUGUCCAGCAACGGUGGUAAGGCCACCUUGUACCUGGGCGACCAGGCGGGUGGAGGUGAGUGGGGGGGUGGCGAUGGGGGCAGCCGCUGCUUCGCGCUGCACGCCGUGGGACCCAGCGCAAGGACUAAGCCCGCACACGUCAAGCUCUUCGACUACUACCGCCCCUCGGUUAAAGAUAUACAGAUGUACACAAUACCUGAAGAUUGUCCAGCGCGCAUAGCACACGAAACCAACGCCUAUUUACCUACCGACAACCUUUUCAACAAAGCAAAAUCACUCGAAACAGGAGAAAUCCUCAUCAGCAACGAGUUCUCUUUCGAAGACAUACCCGAAGGCACGCCGUUAGAGGACCCCAUUUACGAAAACAUGGAAGAGAAAAAGGACAUAAUUGACAUAAGCAAAACGAAUGAAAAUAGCCCUCAUAAAUAUACCUACACGAACGUAACCGCUUUAAAUAUCAUACAGUCGAAAGAACAUUUACAAAAACAAAAUGGUGGAAAGCAUCCUAAUUUAAAUUUGUAUGAAAAUGCCAAUUCCAAUAUUAAAUCACAAGCCAACGAUGAAAAGUUUGAAAGUAAUAAUAAUAGCAGCAAGUUAAUCGAUUCUUAUUUAACUGAAACUCAAAUUGAUGACAAAGAAAAUCAAGUUUUAAAUCAAUCUACUAAACUAGUAAGCGAAAAAAAUCUAGAACAUUCGACCAAUGGUGAAAAGUUUGAAACACAAAAUGACGGAACUGAAGAUAACGCCAAAGUCGACAAUCCAAAUUUAUCAGAUUUCCACGUGAUUGAUUCUGAAAAAGACCUUGAAGUUCCUUCCGGGAUAGAAGGACCUGUGCCAUCUGUGGUCCUACCACCAAAAGAUUUUAUUUUCAGAUUGAAUCAACCAGAUUUUUAUACAGAUCCGUCGUCUUACGAACGUAAUUGGAGGCCAUUUCACCCAUCAGCGUACAGUCAAGGUAUUAACGUCAAACGAAAUAUACGACACAGAAGAAAAAGGAACUACAUACAGGGCUGA